CCGCCCCUUCCGGCGGUGGUGGCCGAGCUGCGGUGAUGCUGCUGGUGCUGUCGGCGGAGCACCGGGCGCACCUGGGCUGUUUGCCGCGGGCCGGCGGCGGAGCCAUCGGCGAGCUGGGGCGCCUGGCACUGGAGCAGCUGCGGCGAGGAGCGGCACCGCGGGCCUGUGAGACCGCCGCCAGAAAGCUCAACAUUGGCAUUGACACCAUUCAGCACGGGGUAGAAGGACUAGUGUAUCUUCUUACUGAGAGUUCCAAGCUUAUGAUUUCUGAGGUUGAUUUCCAAGAUUCCAUUCAUGUUUUGGGAUUCUCAGAUGAAUUGAACAAAUCCUUGCUCCAGCUAUACCUUGACAACAGGAAAGAGAUCAGGAGCAUUCUUGGAGAGCUGGCACCAAGGCUUCCUAGCUACCACAGUCUGGAGUGGAGACUGGAUGUGCAGCUUGCAAGCAGAAGUCUGAGACAACAGAUCAAGCCUGCUGUGACUAUGAAGCUACAUCUUAACCAAAAUGAAGAUCAAACUGCCCAGGUGUUGCAAACUGACCCUGCUACCCUUCUCCACCUUAUCCAGCAACUGGAGCAGGCGUUGGGGGAGAUGAAGAUGAACCACUGCAGAAGAAUAGUGCGCAACAUGAAAUAAACUUGAUUCCUCUCUGCUCUCUUACUAAGCAGUUUGUGAAACAACUCAGAACACUGCUCAUAAAUACAUUUUGAGGAAAAACAAACAUCUGGAUCAGAUGAACUGCUUUCCUGUGCCAGGAUCUUGAGCCAGUAUUUACCGGCCGAGUGUCUUCGGCUGCCAACUUUGCACAUCUGCCUGAGACAAGAUGGGUAAUUGGAUUUGCUUUACUUGCAAAUUUAGGCCUUCAGUAUGCUAUGCUGAGAAUUUCUGUAGCUCUAAACUAGUAUAGUUCUGCUUAAGCUUUCCUACAUCAAGUAGAACUCUCAUUAUUACGUGAAGCUGUACAUUGAUUGUUACAUUUACCAAGUAAUUUUUUCCCUUUUUGCUUCUGCUUUGAAAUUUUUUUUAACCCCUGUACUGCACAGGAACGUUUCAGAACGUUUCUCCCACCUAGACUUAGGUGUGUGUGAGAGUCCACGUGGGACUGCUUCUGAGGAUUCAGUCAGGGUGAGGGCUCAUGUUACACUGCUGCUCUACCCUGCUCUGGUGUAGCUGAGCUGUCACUCCCAUUAGCAGAGCCUGCUGUGACCCCAUGAGGCAGCUGAUGCUUUCUGCAGGCCACUGGGCUGGCAAACUGGUUAUACAUGAAGGUGAUCUGAAAAUCUGCAAAAGCGAAGUAAUGGGUGAAGAGGCAGGUUAAGAAUAGCAUUAACUUCUGCUGACUGGUCUUUGUGCUGUGAUGCCACAGUUUGUGUUCCCCUGUUUGAGUAGUCAUAAUGGCACGACCAGCUAUUGCAACAGAAAUUAUGCUCUUCCAUUGUUAAAAAAAUGUCUAAUAAAGAUUAUGUCAAAAGCUA